UACGAUCUGCUAGUUAGAUGGACAUUUUGGUUUUCUAUGAUACGGUAAUAAAAGCCUUCAUCUUAAAUAUACAAAAUGUGUCUAUAAUAUAUGUACAAUGUAUACAGAUAUAAGUGAACCGAUUGAUGAUUUGACUUAUGUAGGCUACCAUGAUUCGCUAGCAUCCUCAUCUGACAUUAGUUGAUGAAUUCUUUUACGCGUGACAAAGAAGGUAAACCAUUGACAGUGAUAAAGGUGACAAGUUGUAUAGCGAACUUCAUAAUAUUUCAUACGUUAUCAAAUUCAAUUGUUUGUAGAAAAGAACACUUACAGUGGAGUCGUUGAUAAUUUGGAGUACUGUAGUCUAUGCAACGAAAGGAGGUUAUUAGCAACAAGUUGACGAGAUUGUUUAAUAUUUAAUGUAUCUCAUCUGCUUUCUCAAGUCAUAGUCUUCUUCUAGACGUUAAUUUUACCGUUCUUGUUACCAUUACAUAGAGGUGUUUAUUCACCAAUGUGGAAAAAAUAAUUAGCAGACGUUUUUAAGGACAUUUGAAAUAUUUUUAUGAAUAUCUUUAAAGGUUAUUACAGAAUCCUGGAGAUAGUGUAAAUUGCCUUACAGAUAAUAUAAGUAUACAACACACUCAUAUCCAUGGUGUGGCAUUUGAAAUUAAAUGAGAAAAAGACAGAACAGACUUCAACAUGGAACUGAGUGGGAUCAUUUUAUGUCUUCUCUUCCUGGAUUCAUCGACUUCAAUUCCUCUAGUGUCCAAUAUAGACAGAAACAGACAAAAUAGACAUGGUACAUUAACUUCCGAAUUUAAAAGUUUUAAGGUGAAAUCCAGGACAAUAGAUGAUAAUAUUUUACCUCUUGAGGCCCCUGGUGAUAAUUUGAAUGACAAAACUAUUUUUGUAGAUGGGAAUAAUGACAAUGUUUUAUGGAUCGAUUCACAUGAGAAAUCACAACCUCAGGGUCAAGUCCUAUCUACACGGAAACAUUUUAUACCGAAACCCAAGGUAAAGAGGCUACCACAAGCCAUCAUUAUCGGAGUAAAGAAAGGUGGAACCAGAGCUUUAUUGGAAUUUUUAAAGGUUCAUCCCAAAGUUAAAGCAGCAGGACCAGAGCCUCAUUUCUUUGAUAAUUUUUAUUCUAGAGGUUUUGAAUGGUAUAGAAAUCAGAUGCCCAACACAGCGGAAGAUGAACUUACCGUUGAGAAGACACCACGAUAUUUUGUCAGUAAGGAAGUCCCAGGAAGGAUUUAUAAAAUGAAUAAAGAUAUCAAACUAAUUGUGGUUGUAAGGGACCCAGUAACACGUGCAAUAUCAGACUAUACGCAGAGCAUCUUAAAAUGGCCGAAAAUGCCACCAUUUGAGGAAAAGGCGUUUAUAGACAACUCCUCUUGUGUCGUAAACACAACAUGGAGUAAAUUGAGAAUUGGUGUGUAUGCCAAACAUUUGAAAAAGUGGCUCAAAUAUUUUCCAUUAAAUCAAAUACAUUUUGUGAAUGGUGAAAAACUUAUUUCUAAUCCCGUGGAUGAAAUGUAUAAAGUUCAAGAUUUUCUCGGGUUACAAAGACUGGUGACCGAUAGCCAUUUUACUUUCAAAGGCAGUUGGGAUUUCCCAUGCCUCAAGAAAGACAUUAAAAGUGACCAUAUACAUUGCUUACGACGAAACAAAGGUAGACAACAUCCAAAUUUGAAACCAGAAGUGCUUAAAAGACUACGUGAAUUUUAUAAACCAUUUAAUUUAAAAUUCUAUCAAAUGACCGGAAUCGACUUUGGUUGGUGACAUCAUAGAUGACGUGUGUGUGUUAUUUAUUUGUUGAUG